AAACGUGGGAAUUUGGGAAAUGGUAGCGAGCUAACAGCAUUCUCUCCGCAUCUAGGUCAGGGCGAUCGCUCGAGCGGCGAUUCUUGUUCUACGAACUUUGAUCGAUCGCGGGGCCAGAUUGCGAGGAUGAGCUCCGCGCUAGCAUUAGGAUGGAAGCUGCAGCUGAAUCCGUGCGGAUCGGCCAAGGCAUUCUCUUUCGGCGGAGAUAAUCUCGAAGGCUGCGUGACGGCCUUGGAAGGGGAGCGCCGAAAGAUCGAGGCUUUUAAGCGAGAGCUCCCGCUGUGCAUGGACAUCAUCACGGAGGCCAUAGAAGCCUUGAAACUCCACUUGGCCGAGCAGCAGCACAACGAUGCAUCCACUGCUUCUUCGCUGCUAAAACUAAGCUGCUCUUACAGAGACGAAGCGAUCGGACACGACAGUGUCACAGCGAAGUCUGAUUCCGUGCUCGAGGAAUUUAUUCCACCAAAAACUUUGGAGGAGGAAUCUAAACGAGACGAGAAAGCUUGUGAUCCGGACCUAGACAAACCAAGCUGGAUGGCCCAGGUUCAGCUGUGGAGUGAGGCGAAACAAAUCAAAACACAGAAAGAAUCGCCAACACGUCCUCAAGCCAAGCACGCAGUCCCGGGAAUCUUUGCAAACUCUGGCGGUGCGUUCUCACCUUUCGUGAGAGCAGCUCCAAGCACUGAGGAGAAACCGGGCUUGAGAAGCACUAGCGAUGCUGGAUUGACGCUCUCGUCCUCGGAAAGUAGUCCACGGAGUGGAGUGGUCGAGGAAACUCGUCCCACGGUGGAGAAGCGGACUGUAGAAGCGACGACCACGGCAGCUCGCAGCACCACAUCUUCGCAGUUUGAAUCAAACAGCCAACGUAAAGCUCGGCGGUGUUGGUCCCCGGAGCUCCACAGGCGAUUCUUAAACGCACUGCAGCAACUUGGAGGUUCUCACGUCGCUACGCCUAAGCAGAUAAGAGAGAUCAUGAAAGUAGAUGGACUUACGAACGACGAAGUCAAGAGCCAUCUUCAGAAAUACCGGUUGCAUACGAGAAGGCCCACGGUGACCACGUCACAGACCUCUGAACCGGGAGGAGCACAGGUCGUUGUUGUAAGUGGGAUUUGGGCGAGCGAGUUCGCAGCCGCCGCUCUCCAGCAAAGCUCCACAGCAGCAGCGUUUUAUCGAUCACCAAUCGUGGCACAAGAAGCACAGCCAGAACCAAAAGCUACUCCAGCCCAAGAACAACACGAGAGUGAAAGUAUGGCGAUUGAUGAAGAAGCAAAAGGUUGCGAGCACAGGAAACAAAAACCCGUGGAGCAACACGACGAAGAGAUAGACGACGGCGACGUAACAGAGAACGAGGAUAGCAAAAGCGAAGAAGUGGUGACGACGGCAAACUCUUGACGAUCGAGCCAGCAACUUAAACUUCGCAAACGUUCUUCGACGAUCGAGGAACGAUUUUACUGCUGCUGCUGGCUACGCUUGAAACUCGCGACGGAGUCGUCAAACGCGCUGCAUACGUGAUCACAAAUGAGAACGAGGUCUCGCAGAGCAUCCUUAAAGACGGACUUUGCAGAUUCACCUGUGAAAAAAAUAAACAUAUGAUCCAUCGUCUACAAACACGAGAAAGAAUCGAGAGAAAGGAGAGAGUUGAUCGA